AUGCAGCACUCCCAGAAUGCCAAAACAAGCUGUUGUGCCCACUACAUUGGUGCUAUAGUUGCAAUAAAAGUGGAAAUAGACAAUCAGCUUAUUACGGCAAAGAAAGAGUGGAACGUACUCUGGAAGAGCGAGACGAUGAAGGGAAGUAUGAUCGAGUGCCCGACGCAUUUCGAGCAAACCGAACCGAAGGCUCCGAGAAAGAUGAAGAAGUUUGCCUGUGACAUCACACACUGUCACUAUUGUGGAGAGUUAGACGAAGAGGACGAAUUGAAUAAAUGCAAAAAGUGCUCAAGCGUCUACCAUCAGAAUAGCGUGUUUGUCAAGAGGAUCGACAAAGAAAUGGCUGACAAGAACCAAUGUGAUAUAUGCCGUGAGAACGGAGUCAUUCGAUUGAACAGUCCAGUUCUCGCCAAGGUUAAUUUCCAUUUCUGGCUGGGAAUCACAAGAAAGUGGGACGACUACCCGAACAAAAAAGAAUCCAUUGUUCCAUUGAACAAAGUGGUUCAUUUAACCACAAAAUACUUUAAAAUGCCCAGGAAGGAAGAGGAAAAAAAACUAUGGGAAGAUGCAGUAGCGAAGUUCAAAUCGAGAGGAGAAUUUCCUAAAGAAAUGCAGCAACCCAAUUCAUCAAAGCGCCAAAUGCUCUGGAAGAAUGAAGGCUGGAGCAGUGCAGAGGAAAAAAUGAUGCUGACCAAGGGAAAGAAGAUCAAGUGCUCAGCAUUUCGAGGAGAUAUGUGA